UUUGCUUUCGUCCGCUUCUAAAAUCGCGAAAUAUUAAAGAAUAACAUGUCUUCCGAGGGGAAUUCAGGAAUUCCUGAAUCUCCUCCCCUCCUAGAACGAAGUAAACAGCUAACAAGUAGAAAAUGGCAUAACAAUAUCAUGAAUUUGUUGUUAAGAAAAAAUGUUUGUGGUGCAUGUUUACGAUUGGAAAAUGAUCUUGUUCAUUGGGAUGUUGAAUUUACUGUAGUGCGUUCUGAGAAUGAGAACGAAAUCUCUUUGAAGAACAUUAUGAUCUCUGCUUUUGGACCUAGUGUUGCAAACAUCAUUUCAACACCAAAUUUUUGCCAAAACUGUACAGAUACAAUAUUGGGAGCCCACAUUCUCAUUGUAAACCUAAGAGAAAACUGUAGAAACAUACAGAAAAAGUUGAUAGAAAUAACUAAGCAAAUGAAAUGGACGGCAUAUUUAGAUGAGACAGGAUCUUUGGCGGACACAAUAAUAAAUAACAACAAAGAAGAAUAUAAAUUAAUCACUGGAACAGCUAAUUUAAAUGAACCAAUCAGAAAAGAAGUGAAAACACAUAAAAUAAUACUAGAUAAUGAGUCAUUAAAGAAUAAACUAGUUAAAGAUGCUAAUAUGCAUAAGUAUUUAUUUCAUCAAGUCAAGGAAACAGAGCCCACACUACCUGCUGGAAUCACAGUGAAAAAGGUUGUUAAAGACAUUGACAACAUUGAAAUGACUGAUUUUGCACCACAAGAUUUAUUAGAACUAAAUUGGGCUGAAGAUGAAAAAGAACCUAACGAACUGCAAAGCAAUGAAGCUUUGAUUAUGAAUUUAAUGGAAGAAGCAAAAACAGGUGACAAGCACAAACAUUUUCAUGAUCAUUUAAAUUUGAAAGUUAUAGAACCUGAAACACAGACUUUGAAUGAUUCACUAUCAGUCAAAUUAGUACAGAAUCAAACAGAAAAUGAAAAUUACAGUGAUUCUGAAGUAGUACCUCAAGACUUGCUUGAAUUGAAGUGGCCAGACGAACCAAAUCAAAGUGAUAAACAACAAACAAUAAUACCUGUUAAGAAGCUUAACUUUAAUGAAUCAUUAACAGUAAAAUAUAUACCUUCUCAUAAACUACUGAGAGUCUAUGGUGGUCCCAAAGCUUCUCAAAAUUUAGCCGGAAAUUGCAAUGAUAAAGAGACACAGGACGAAACUGCUCAAAAACCCAGUAUAGAUCUUACGAAAUGGUUGCAUGAUCAAGGCAUGAACACCAUUAAAGCUAAAAGUAUUACUGAUAUCAGUGCUACACAAGAUUUUGAUAUAGAGGACCAUAUAACUAAAAAAGUUAAAGUAGAAAUGAAAGAUCCUGAAAGAUCUAAUCACUCUGGAACUGGAUUGAUAAAAAAUAAAUGCAGUAUUGCUGUUAAAAACUUAGAGUUAGAAGAAGCUUUAGACUUGAGAGAUCCAGACAUCGAUACUGAUGCAAUCAGAUGUGGACUUUGCGAUUUAAAAUUCAUACUUUUUGAAUCAUAUCAAAGUCAUUAUAAAACGCAUAACAUAUCUGAUAAAGCAAAAUGUUAUAAGUGUUCUGGUAAAUUUCCUGUUGUUGAAUUGUUAAUAGAGCAUCUACUGAAUAUACAUUCUGAGCAUAUGUCUUACUGCACUAUAUGUUACGCGCUGUUACCUCAAACUAAGAUGGCACAUCACGUAAUUGAAUACCAUGCAAAGAAAGUUCAAAUUGUAAACGCCCAGUCAGUACCUUUAAUAACCAAGGAUGGUAGAUGUAAAUCUUGCCUUCAAACAUCAGUUGGCAGCUCUCAUAUCUGUGUAUUUAAUUACGAAUGCAUUGAAUGUAAACAAGACUGCAUACACGAAAGAUUCAUUAAAUCAUUCAUAGAACAAAUCAAAGAUAAUAAAACAGUAUAUAAAUGCACAGACUGUGAAUAUAUGUACAAAACUAAGCAGGAUAUCGUCAAACAUGCCAACUAUAUGCAUCUUCGGCAUUUAUCUCACCAGUGCAAUGUCUGCGAAAUGAAAUUUGGAUCUCAAAAUGAACUUACCAAGCAUAGCGCUUCUUGCCAUUACACUUGUAUGCGAUGCAAGAAAGUGUUUUCAGAGAAGAAUCUUAACCAUGACUGUCAUUUAGAAAGUGAUUUGUGUUGUGAAACCUGCGGACAAAAGUUUAGCAAUCCGAGAUUGUUACACAAGCAUAAAGAAACUGCGUCAGCUAUAAGAGAUCAGUGUAUUCUUUGCCAUGAUUUUGUUCCAAACAUAUGUAAUCUGUCCCGACAUAUGCAGGUUAAACACCAAGUGUAUUUAAAAAAAGUCAACGAAACAAUUUUCUAUGAAUGCACAAUUUGCCAGCAAAGAUUUGACGAUGGAAUCGAAUUUAGGCAGCACAAAUGUUUGUACGACUGUCAUAUUUGUGAAAAAAGAUUUAUUAAUAAAAUACUGUAUGAAAGACAUUUGCAAGCACAUAAAACUGGUAGACCGAAAUUUAAGUGUUCUGUUUGUAACUUGGAGUUAAAAGACAAAAGCUCUUUGAGUAAUCAUAUGGGAACACAUCCGGAGCAUGUGACAUGUCCGAUAUGCAAAACCUAUGUUACGAAAACUGUCUUAUUAAAGCAUGUUGAAAGUCACAAAGAUGCUGGUGAUCUAAAAUGUCCGCAUUGCGUUUUAGUGUGUGAGAACCAAAAUCAGUUAGAAGUGCAUGUGAACAGGUUCCAUCUAAUGCAAAGGCCAUACCAGUGCGAUAUAUGUAGUAAAUCUUUCUAUGGAAAAUUAAAAUUACGUGAGCAUAUAAAAGAACAUAACGCGUCUCAUCGUCGUACCUGUCAAUGCCCUGUAUGUGAUAAGAGUUUCACUAGAAAAGUGUAUUUGGAAAAACAUUUGAAGUUACAUACAACUGGGCAGCUGUAUAACUGUAAUUUGUGUGAAAAAGUGUAUAUUUCUGAAGCCCUCUUGAAGCAACAUAGGAAGAGCCAUGCAGACGAUUUAGAGUCUAAACCUGAAACUUCUCAAAGCGGUCACAUUUAUUCCAUAUUAUUUGAUGCAUAAUAAAUUAUUAUUUGAUUUAACAGGUUAAACACAUUUCUAUUCAUCACAACAUUCAUCUUACUCGUUUCAUAGGCAAUUAUUUAUAGGUAUAUACUUUUCAUCUCUUUACAAUUUUUCUUAUCCUGAUCAAUUAUGUGUUGACUGUUGACGUGAUUUGAUCUGGUUCCGGCAGAAUAUCAGUGCUGCUGCCUCAGGGCGUAGCGUAAUACUGAGCCUUUUGUCUUGUUGCGACGCGCUCAGUAUUAUAAUAUACUAUUGUAAAAAUCUGUGCAAUUUCCUGUUUCGAAUUUGCUUAUUAAAAUAUGUAUUUUAAUUAUUUUUUGUAACUUAUUUCUAUUGUGUAUUGUGACAAGCAAAUAGACGGAUAUCUAUCUGGCAUCUAUCUAUCACGUGUAAAAUUUUGUAACUUAGUAAAUGUAUAGAAUAUUUUAUGCUCAUUUUUGUUCUAUCUACCUUAGAUAACCAAAGACCUAUAUAACUUCGUAUAGACAGAUAAAGUCUAUGAAAAAAACGUACCC